AUGCCUUUGGCACCGCGGACGAAGGGUCUGCGUAUGUUCGUUGGCGCCCACGUCAGUGCUGCAAAAGGUGUCUUUAAUUCCAUACAUAAUAGUGAGAACAUUGGAGGAAAUGCAUUCGCCUUGUUCUUGAAGUCACAGCGCAAAUGGGAAAACCCAGCUCUCCAGGACGACCACCGCGAUCAAUUCCGUAAACUUUGCGCGGAGAAGGGUUAUGAUGCAGCCAAACACGUUCUCCCCCAUGGCUCAUACCUUGUCAACCUGGCGCAAGAUGAUAAAGCCAAAUCCAAGCAAGCAUAUACCUCCUUCCUGGAUGAUCUCCGCCGGUGCGAGGCACUUGGAAUUACGCUUUACAACUUCCACCCCGGAAGUACCAAUCAGACACCUCUUCCCGAAGCACUUGCCCGCCUGGCGGAGAUGUUAGUCCAGGCCAUUACCGAAACGACGACCGUAGUUCCCGUCCUGGAAACAAUGUGCGGCCAUGGCAACUCAAUUGGCGGUGCACUGUCUGAAUUUCGCGACUUGCUAGCUCUAAUCCCGAAAGAGCACCACCCCCGCAUCGGUAUCUGCGUUGACACAUGCCACAGCUUCGCAGCCGGCUAUGAUCUGACAUCCCCGGCCGGAUUCAAAGCCUUCCUCGCCGAAUUCGACGAGCUAAUCGGAAUUCAAUUCCUCCGAGCACUUCAUCUCAAUGACUCAAAGGCACCGCGUCGAAGCAAGCGCGACCUCCACGCCAAUAUCGGCACGGGAUUCCUAGGUCUGCGCGCAUUCCACAAUGUCAUGAACGAGCCACGGUUUGAGGGGCUACCUAUGGUCCUUGAGACGCCUAUUGACCGUGUCCCAGGACAUAAUGUAGCUACUGGAGACGAUGCAGCUGAGGGGAGUGAUAGCGAUUCUGGGAAGAAGAAACAGCCAAAGAAGGGCCCCAAGAGACCCGCCGGUGCGAGUGCAGCUGCUAUUCCCAACCCGGGUGUAUGGGCGGGUGAGAUUAAACUCCUUGAGUCGCUGAUUGGUAUGGACCCCGAGGGCGAAGAGUUCCGUGCUCUUGAGGCUCGCCUUUCAGAGGAGGGUCGUGCAGAGCGCGAGAAACACCAGGAUCAGUAUGAGCGUAAACUCGAGGCGGACGAGAAAAAGAAAGCCAAGGGACCCGGAAAAGCCAAGGGACAGAAGAGUCUUAUGGACAUGAUGAAGGGUGGUUCUGCGAAGGAGUAG